AUGGAGACCGUUGAUACCUCAAAGCGUCUCGCGCACCUGCGCGCCUUGAUGAAAAAGCACGCGGUGGAUGUGUACAUUGUCCCAUCGGAGGACAGCCAUCAAUCUGAGUACAUUGCUCCGUGCGAUGCGCGGCGAGCGUUUAUCUGCGGCUUUUCUGGUUCAGCUGGCACAGCUGUCAUCACGCAGGAUAAGGCAGCGUUAGCAACAGAUGGGAGAUACUUUAACCAAGCUUCGAAGCAGCUGGACGCAAACUGGCAGCUAUUGAAACAAGGCCUGGAAGAUGUACCGACCUGGCAAGAGUGGACGACGGAGCAAGCCGAAGGUGGAAAGACCGUGGGUGUUGACCCGACCGUUAUCACAGCGAUAGAAGCUCGCAAGCUCAGCGAAACGCUGAAAAAGAAGGCGAAUGCCAGCCUGGUGGGAGUGAAGGAAAACCUGGUAGAUCACAUCUGGACUGAGCGCCCGGCCAGGCCGACGGAGAAGGUUAUCGUUCUCUCUGAGAAAUAUGCUGGCAAGUCAUUCAAGGAUAAGCUUGCGGAACUGCGAAAGGAGAUUGGGAAAAAGAAGGCCGCAGGGAUGGUAGUGUCGAUGCUGGAUGAGAUCGCCUGGCUCUUCAACCUUCGAGGCAACGACAUUCCCUACAACCCAGUCUUCUUCUCAUAUGCCGCUGUAACGCCGAAGACUGCUACGCUCUAUGUCGACUCGACCAAAAUGAGCUCCGAGGCUCUGGACUAUCUGGGAGAUGCUGUCGCCAUCAAGCCGUAUGAUGCCCUUUUCUCCGACCUCAACGCCAUCAGUGAGAACGCUGUUGCCGAAGCUCAAGAGAACGGCGAGACUGAGAUCAAGGUGAAACCGAAGAAGCUGUUGCUUUCCAACAAGUCCUCGUGGGCGCUCAGCCUGGGACUCGGGGGUGAGGAGAAAGUCGAGGAAUCACGGAGCCCCAUCUCUGACGCGAAGGCUAUCAAAAAUGAGACCGAGCUUGAAGGUAUGCGACAAUGCCAUAUUCGAGACGGGGCUGCCUUGAUUGAAUAUUUUGCAUGGCUGGAGGAUUCGCUUGUGAAUCGACAGGCUCAGAUUGAUGAGGUCCAGGGGGCAGAAAAGCUCGAACAGAUACGAUCCAAGGGCGAGCAUUUCGUUGGUCUCUCAUUCGACACCAUCUCAUCAACUGGUCCCAACGCUGCCGUCAUCCACUACAAGCCAGAACCAGGAAACUGUUCCGUGAUUGACCCGAAAGCAGUAUAUUUGUGCGACUCUGGGGCUCAAUAUUUCGACGGCACAACCGACACCACGCGUACACUUCACUUUGGAACGCCUACACAAAUGGAGAUCAAGUCUUACACCCUUGUCCUGAAAGGAGUAAUUGCACUCGACCGUGCCGUCUUCCCAAAAGGCACGACAGGAUUUGCCAUUGAUGCAUUUGCGCGCCAACACCUGUGGCGAGAGGGUCUUGAUUAUCGGCACGGAACGGGUCACGGCGUCGGAUCGUUCUUGAACGUUCAUGAAGGUCCUAUUGGUAUCGGCACAAGGUCCGCCUACUCGGAGGUAUCCUUGAGCAUCGGCAACGUCAUUUCAGACGAGCCCGGAUACUACGAAGACGGCAACUUUGGCAUUCGGAUAGAGAACAUGAUCAUGGCGCAGGAAGCAAAGACCAACCAUAAAUUUGGCGACAAGCCAUGGAUCGGAUUCGAGCACGUUACGAUGGUACCGAUGUGCAGGAAGCUCAUUGACCCAUUGUUGCUCGAUCCCGAAGAGCGAGACUGGUUGAACAAUUACCAUAAAGAGGUGUGGGACAAGACCAGCCCGUUCUUCCAAAACGAUGACAGAACCACUACCUGGCUGCAGCGAGAAACAGCCAUCAUCUGA